GUACAUUAUUAUUUCUAGCAUUGAUCAACCUUCUUAUGGGCUAUCGAGUUCAGCAAUGGCCGUGGUGAUAUCCUUCUUUCUCAACCACUACCACCACCACCCCCUAGCAGCGGGAGGCAUCUACGUAUCUACUACUUACUACUUGCUACUAUCCGGCUUUUUCCCAAAACUUUCCCCCAAGCAGACCAACCGUGCAAGGUUCGCCGGGGGCUCGUCAGCGGCCCACCGAGCAAUCAGCAGCCUCACUCCAAACGGACUAGGGGCGCGCGGGGCCAGUCCCGAGGGGGACUAGGGUCGUUUCAAGCUGAGGGUCGGGGCCAGCCAACGGAACGCACUGGGGGAGUGGGCUCCAAUCACACAUGCCACACCAG